GACGUCACUCGUGGUGUGUGCACGGUUUACACCUGUCGUUACAACGUGGUGCAGUGGAGCGUGGAGUCCAGGUGUUUAGGCGUUGGAUUAAAUAUUUGAAUUAUUGUAGAUUGUUAACUUGAUCUUGGAUACGAUAAAGUUGGAUUGGAAAAGAAAGUGCAGUGUCUAUUAAUAAACAAGAAACCAAUGCAGCUGUCAAAAUUUCCAAGCGCCUCAGAUUUUAUGUUAUGAGAUAAACAAAAAGUGCAUCAUGGUUAGGCUUUUAGUUUGGAGUUUAGUUAGCAUUUGACCUUAGGUGUAAUCAGACGUAACGAAUAGUAAACAACAUGGCGGACAUGACAACUGGGGAUAAUUUCUUGAAUGGUGGUUUAUCAAACGUGAGCCUGGGGAAUGGAUCAGACAUUAACGGCACCGAGAUGGCCGCGGCAGGUGGGAUAUACAUGGCCAUCCCGAUAGUCAUGUUUAUGAUGGGGGUCAUAGGGAAUGUGGCCGCUCUGAUUGUGCUGACGGUCAAGCCAAGCAAGGACACAAAGGCGUCUGCCUUCUACCACCUGGUGAAAGCCCUGGCCAUCAUGGACCUGGUGGGGAUCGUGGCCUCCUCGCCCGUAACGAUUGUUGUUUACAUUCACGGGGGAAUUAUAAACACAGGCGGUAUGGCGCUGUGUCACUACGUCUCCUUCGUGUUGGUGAUGGCGGGAAACGCCACGCUCUUCACCGUGCUGGUCAUGGCAGUCGAGAGAUUCCUGGUGACGAAAUUUCCGUUCCAGUACAGCCGUAUCGUGACGCCCCUGUCUGUCAACUGCUGUAUCGCCGUGGUCUGGCUGUUGUCGGCCCUGAUCGCCAUCUUGCCCAUUGUGGGGGUGGGGAGGAACAUCGACCCGUGGCCGGGGACCUGGUGCUUCUUUGACUACAGGGACAUCAAUAUAGGCGGGAUUGUACUUAGCUACUUCUACGCCACCAUCGGUCUCCUCACCAUCGCCACCACCAUCGUCCUCAACAUCAGCGUGAUACACCACCUGUUCCGCAUGAGGAGUUCUCGCCUCAGCAAGUCCUCUCUGAGGGGUUCCAUGAAACCAAUCACCGGAACCAACUUUUCCCCAGACAGCGAGAUACGCAUGGUCAUCUUUCUUAUGGCAAUCAUCAUCGUCUUCACACUGUGCUACGCUCCAUUGAUGGUGAGAAUCAUCAUGAACAUCGCACUGAACGCUGGGAAGACCCUAGGCCCGAGCCUAGAUAACGUCAUCGACCUGUGGGCCCUGCGGCUGGCCUGCAUCAACCAAAUCCUCGACCCGUGGGUCUACAUCAUCAGCCGCGUCCAGUGCUGCGGCAACAGGACCAGCCUUGAGUCACGAGCCCGGGGAGAAAUGCGGAAAUCGCGUUCAAAAUCCUCAAGACUGGGGUCCAUGCUAAACAGCCUUCGCUGUUUCUUCGUCAGAACCAAAUACGACCCAACUGCAAGUCCCAGCAGCCCCAGAUACGAAACUAAACACGAGACCAGCGGGAGGUACAGCACGCAGAGCUACGAAACUAACGGCAAAGUGGGCCUCCGUUUGAUCGGCGAGGACUCCACCCCCGUCAGGACGCCGGAGGAGAAAAACUUGGACGGGAAAUAACUGAGCUUCAAAACUGUCUUGUUUGAAAUAUGGUCCCCGACAUUAUACAACCCGACAAUAAGAUCCCCGAUAUUGUGGUCUCUGAUUAAAAAAAAUAACCUCCGACAUAACGGUCUUCGAUAAAAGAACCCCCGACAUUGCAGUUCUCGACUAGUCUCCCUAAUGCUACAUCUCCUUACAUAUCUCACUCUCCCCACCGAUAAAUAAACUCACAAUAUGAUCUCUAUAACAUUAUUCGGGGCCACAAAUUACACCAGGGAUGGGCUUGAGUAUGAAGAUACUUGAUAAUUUUUAUACUGGCAACUUGAAUAUAAACUUCGCAUGGUUUCAGUCAAUCAUUAUUUUAAUCCCACAAUUUUUAUGGUCCAUAAAAUAAAAACUCGUUAAAGACAUAACAACGUCUAAUGGCUUUAAAGCCGCGUUAGGUGUUUUGUAGAUUUCUGAUAAUUUUUCUUCAAGUUUGAGUUCACCGAGUUUCAAAUAAAAGAAAAGUAAGUGGG